CCGCCUCAAUGCUCCUCCAAAGUCCAAAGUCCAAACCCUGCAAAAACCCUACCGGUAAAACCUCGGCGACUCCUCUCUCUCUUUUUCCCACUCCUAAACUCUCCACUGCAACUGCCUUCCUUCCCAUUCAAGCCAGAACCUUCUCCACCGCUCAAAAAAGCCAUCAAAUUUAUUUCCACGGCCUGAAAUUCCCCUCUCCCAAGCUUCUCCAGCAUAUGGUUCGUCUUCCAGUCUAGCAGCGUAAGAGGAAGCCCCCGCCCCCGCCCCCCAAAAAUGGUGAAAGCGUCUGCAAUUGGGCUGGUCUCAGCCCUUGCGGCCGCAGCUUCAAUCUCCCAAUCGAACCACUCUACGUUUGCUUACGCCGAUGGCCCUGCUUUCAACUUUAACCCGUUCUCCACUACUCCCCAGAAUGCUGCUAACCCACCUCAGAACUCCCCGCAGUCGCACGAAUCGCCGCCGGUGGACCCGGCGCUGGCUGCUCUCGCCACUGAUUCCGUCCCCAAGGGUUCGAGAAAUGACAACCCGAGAACUUCCUCCGCUGGGUUUGACCCGGAGGCGCUCGAGAGGGGCGCCAAGGCCAUCAGAGAGAUUACCUCUUCCUCUCACGCUAAAAAGGUGUUUGAGGUAUUGAAGACGCAGGAGGAAACUAGGCAGAAAGUGAUGGCUGCUAAAGCUGCAGAGUUCAAGGCUGCUCAAGCUCAAGCUGAAACUGAGAGGCAAAGGGUGAUGUAUGAUGAGCAGAAGAAGUUGGCUUCACAUCAAGCCCAAGUUAAGUCACAGAUGGCUCGGUAUGAGGAUGAACUGGCAAGGAAGAGAAUGCAGGCUGAUAAUGAACACCAAAGAGCGAGGAACCAAGAGUUGGUCAAGCUUCAAGAGGAGUCAUCGAUCAGGCAGGAGCAAGCUCGACGAGCCACAGAAGAACAGAUUCAGGCUCAACGAAGGCAAACCGAGAGGGAGAAGGCCGAGAUAGAGCGAGAGACAAUCAGAGUGAGAGCUAUGGCAGAGGCAGAAGGGCGAGCCCACGAGGCAAAGUUGGCUGAAGAUGUCAACAGAAGAAUACUGGUUGAUCGUGCGAAUGCUGAACGAGAGAAGUGGGUUGCGGCAAUUAAUACUACAUUCGACCAUAUUGGCGGUAUAGGAACUUUAUCAAUUAUGUAUGCUAGUGAUCCAAUUCAAAGAACUAUAAUGAGCUCAUGUUUAGAUGUGUAGCACGCUCAUGUUUAGAUGUGUAGCACUUAUGAACUGUGAUGACUUUUGUAGGGGGUUUGAAAGCGGUUUUGACUGAUCAGAAUAAGCUGGUUGUUGUGGUUGGAGGAGUGACCGCUCUUGCAGCAGGAAUCUACACAACAAGGGAAGGUGCAAAAGUGAUGUGGAGCUACGUAGAUAGGAUACUAGGACAACCUUCCUUAAUCAGAGAGUCCUCCAGAGGGAAGUACCCUUGGUCUGGAAUUUUCAAACGCGGCAUGAGCACUUUGACCUCCAAAGGAGCUCCUACUACUAAUGGAAACGGCUUCGGAGAUGUCAUCUUACAUCCUUCUCUCCAGAAGAGAAUUCAACAGUUGGCUAGUGCAACUGCUAAUACGAAAUCUCAUCAAGCACCAUUCAGGAACAUGCUCUUUUAUGGCCCUCCUGGGACUGGGAAAACCAUGGCCGCCAGAGAACUCGCUCGUAAAUCAGGAUUAGAUUAUGCAUUGAUGACUGGUGGUGAUGUUGCUCCAUUAGGCUCUCAGGCUGUUACCAAGAUCCAUCAAUUGUUUGAUUGGGCUAAGAAGUCUAAAAGAGGCUUGUUGCUGUUCAUAGAUGAAGCAGAUGCGUUCCUAUGCGAGCGGAACAAGAUUUACAUGAGUGAGGCACAACGAAGUGCGCUGAACGCACUCCUCUUCCGAACUGGAGACCAGUCCAAGGACAUAGUCCUAGCCCUAGCCACAAACAGGCCUGGAGACCUUGACUCAGCUGUGGCAGACCGUGUGGACGAGGUCCUUGAGUUCCCCUUACCGGGUGAAGACGAACGGUUCAAGCUCCUGAAGCUCUACCUUGAUAAGUACAUCGCUCAGGCAGGAUCGAGACAAUCCAAGGGCAACUGGCUGAAGAGGUUGUUCAGGAGACAACAGCAGCAGAGAAUCGAGAUCAAAGGGUUGACCGACGAUAUCCUUAGAGAAGCAGCAGCGAAGACUGAUGGAUUCUCUGGACGAGAGAUUGCAAAGCUUAUGGCUGGGGUUCAAGCUGCAGUGUACGGAAGCCAUGAUUGUGUGCUGGACCCAAAUCUGUUCAGGGAGGUGGUGGAUUACAAAGUUGCAGAGCACCAGCAGAGGAGUAAGCUAGGUCUGAAAUCGGAUGGGAAGAGCAACUGAUUGAGUAGUGAGAGAGGUUCUGGUGUUUGUGGCGGAUGGUAUCACAUUGCUGCUCUUAUGCUAACCAGAGAAGCCAAUGGCUUGGUCGUUCUUGCUUCGUAUUAUGGUCAUCAUAUUUUUCCGUGUGAUUGAAUUUGUCUGAAAAUUUUGUUAGUGGGAUCCAUAGAUAAUAAUUCUUUCCUGAAGUUCUGAUUCUCGUCACUUUCCUCGAACUGAAGAAUCGUGGAUGUGAAGAAAGGCACCAUCAACAUUCAAGAGUGCCUCUACUUACAAGACGAUUAAUAACCAGGAGCCAUAGCCAUAGUCUAUACACUUG